CAAAAUCAGCAGUUUCUUCAUUUGCUGCAAUCUGGCGUCCUAAGUCUUUCACCUUUUCAAGAGGUACUGCAGUAGGUCCGGAAUUGACCUGUAUUGUGCCUAAAUUUCCUGAUGUCAGUGUCCAAAUUCCUCAGAGUUGUGUUCCUGUCAAUCAAGAUUUCUGUGUCACAAUCAAGGUACAUGGAACUUUAAAAUUCUAUACAUGCAUGAGUUCUGCAAGAUUUUCAUUUUCCAGUUUUGAAAGUUGUAAGAUUGGCGUGAGGGGAUUGUCUAAAGCAAGGAGAUAACACAAAGGUGUUACAAGAGUAUAGCCUAUACCCUCAGUUACUUGCCAUACAUUCCAUGAAUUUGGUGGCAAUAUUGAUGGAAAGAGAGAUAUAAAUUAACAACUUUAAGGUAAAUACAGGACAGUUGUGCAUGUGCUUUCAUGUUUGUGAAGAUACAUGUAGUAAUGUUCUAAUCACUAGUUUUGGUAACUUCAAAUUAUUUGUGGUAUUACUGUCCCCAAAUGUAGUCAUGGAUCCUGGCAAUUCCCUUUUUAAAAACUAGGUUUUGGAGAACUCAUUCUAAGCAACCAACAGAACAUUUGUUUUUGUUUUGCUUAGACAUAAAUGUCGAAUUGAAAUCAUUCCUGUCAGGUAAAUUGGUUUUGCGCUUUGUAUUAGUUUACAAUUAAUGCAGUUAGUGGAUAAAGUUAAGCAUGAUAUCAUGAUGAAUUAGCAAAACCAAGGUCUGAGUUAUCCGUGGGAGCCAAAGGUAACACAGACAUAGGGUUUGAUGAGUUAUGAUAUCAUGCAAAAUAAACUAAAUUAAAUUAUUGUUUUAUUAUACAUCUUUUAAACAAACUGCAAAGGAAGACACUUCUUUCAAAAUUUACAAAAGUCUAAGAAUACUUCACAGACAGUCAGGGCUUGGAAACUAGGCAGAGCUUGAAAUCGACAUGAUACCUGCAAUAUCUGCUGCAGAUAUCGGGUUAUUAUAAUGAUAACUUCACACUUAAUUGUAUAUUGAUUGAGUGCUCCUGACCAAUCAGACUUUUUAUGGUAAGUCCAAUAUAUACAUUUUUUCAUAACAAUGCUUAUAUUGCUACAUAAAACUUUGAGAGGACAUUUACAUUGUGUACUAUAGUUUUAGGUAGUUUUGAAAUUUCAUCCUGAAAUUCACUUUUCACAAUGUAAAGCAAAUGAACUUUAUGCUGGGAGUAGUUGAGUAUGUCCAACAUAACUUGUUUUGCUUUUAAAUCCAGGUACAAGAAUUCCUAAGCAGUGAGCUAAAAGGAGAGGGAGGACUUGUCGGUCCAGUUCUUUACAUUUCAAGCUCUCAAAAUGUUACUCUCAUCGCGCCUGUAACAAUAAGGAUUCCUCUUACCCUCUGUAGAGGAAAACAAGAGCCAGCAGAGUUAUGUCCUGGUGAACUGAGGAUAUUACACUGUGAGUCUCUAGUUGAACCACAUGACUGGAAAGACAUUACAGAUCAAUUGGAUGAACCGCCACGUCUUCUAAAUGGGAAAGCGCAAUUCAAAGUUAGGCAUUUCUCUGGGUAAGUAUUUAUUGUCGGCUUUAUUUAAAAAAAAUACGCAAGACGUAGAGGAAAUUUAACAGUAUUUUAAUGUACAGUCAUACAUGCAUGUAUUUCUUUUAGUUCAAUAUAGAUUCAAUAAAUAAAAUGAUUACUCGAGUACGUAGACUCAAGAUUAGUGUGCAAUGGCUGAUAAUCAUUUCUGUUGGGUUGCUUGAGCUGUAUUUGGUUUUACUUUUCUUUUUUGGCAGAUUCCGUCCAAUCAAGUUGAUCAGAUCACUUUUACAAUCUACUUCAGGCCUCACAGAGUUUUUAGGGAAACUUUGCAGUAGGUCUAGGCCUCAGCAUGCCCGAUUUUUUACGUGCUUGUGUGAAACCGGUGUUCGUGAUCAUUUUGGACUCAAACUUUUUUGCUACCCUCAAAGACUGUAUUAUGAUGUAAAACGGCAAAUAUCAGAGUGUGUCGUGCCCUACAAAGACGAAGGCAGCUCUUCUAAACCAGUCUAUGGAGAGGAGAAAAUUUUGGUAUCUCUUUCCAAGGCAAUCAUACCCCAGGGCACAGACCAGAAAAAUGCCUUACAAUUUGUGAGGUAUAAUAUAAUAUAAUUUAUUUUUGGCCCAUCAAGCACAUAUGAUUCAAUUGAAUACUUCUAAAUACGUUCAUGCUAGUUUUACAUAGAAAUGAUUUAUUCAUUCCAUUGUAAAAUUGUACAUUGUUCAAUUGUCAGUUAACCAUUUUUCGCCAUGGCUUUUCUAGGUUUCUUAUCAAUCAAUAGAGCCAUAGAGGUAUACAUGUUGGUUUUGUUUGGACUUAAUUGUCUUCAAAUGCUCGAUUUUAAAUAUUCAGUAGGCCUCUCGUCAAAUUUGCUGUCAUUUUCGAUUGCAAGAAAAUAUUUCAAAACGUGUGCUAUUCUAGACGAAGACUCGACUGGUGUACGUUGGGUUUACCUCAUUUAAUUCAUUUCUUUUUUAAUAGAUUCCACGAAAACGAAGUUUAUUACACAGCUGGUGAAGUUUGCCUAAGAAGUGAGAGUGUUCCAGUAGUGAAGUUUUGCGACCAAAAUCAGGAACUUUUGUGCAACAUUAUCAUGGUGUUAGCGUCUCAAGUAAGUGACAUCUUGCGGUUUGUGGAUUUGCUAAUUAAAUGCACUUUUAGCCCAGAGUUAAUAUAGUAUUGAUGCCAACCUUAUUAUAGUAGAUGACAAUGAAUUAAAAGGAUUAGCAAUGCUUUAACCACAGGCAGCCCAAGCUCCAGUUGUGAGAUGAUCAUCUUGCGAAAUAAGAGUCAUGGCGAAAAUUUUAGUUUGUAUGGGAAUAAUUACGACCGCUCUUAGGAAGUAAAAAUACAGUCAAAUUCUCAACAAAAAUAUUUCACCUUACUUCCAAAGUGCAUUGCCUGUUGUCAGACCACUUACUAAGAUGAAAAGAAGCCAUUUUAGCAAGUUCUUUAUUUCUAGGUUUCCUUCUCCUAGGAGUUGUAAACCUUUUUCCGAGUAAGAUAAUGAGAUCAUUUAAGGCGGCACGAAACUUAUUAAGGACGAAUCACUAGAAAAAAACACUGAAGAAUGUCGAAUAGGUAAAGAAAUAUCCUGCCCACAGGAAACAGUAAAUGAACAUGCAGGGCCUUGCAAAUUUUUGAUUUUGUGUAUUACUUUUAUUUUUUAGUUGCUUUAAAGUCGCUUUCUAUGCCUCGGCCUUUUUUCUUAAUUAUUUUUCCUUUUUCUUAUUAAUUAGUAAUUUUUUUGUAUUUCCUCAUUUCUAUUCACCUCAUACUCACCCGUAAUAUUGUAAAUUUUCCCUCCUCCAUUUAGGUUUCUAUUCCUGUCACCUCUGACUUUGAAGAAGGAAGUGGUAAGAUGUUGUUUUUGUUGUAGGUUUCGUUGUUGUUCGAAUAAAUACAAUUUACUAGACCAGUCAUCUUGUUCUAAAAUAUGUUGUUCGAAUAAAUAAAAUUUACUUAGGACCAGUCAUCUUAUGGGUUUUGAAAAUGACAAAGCACGUGUUCUCAACGGAAAGUCAUAAUAACCUACCUUACUUCAUGUGUCAAUAAAUCGGGCCGUGCCCCCCUUACGCUCAACAGUGAUGGCUUAUUGUCUCUGUUAUAUAUCAGUAAACUCAAUGCAGACCACGGUGCGUGCGUCCCUCCUUGCAGGGAAUUUGAUGCUGAAAACGAAUAAAGCACCAAAUAGCUCGGGAAAGAUAUAGAGAAGUGUAAUUCUCCAAAAAAUUAUUCCCUCGGCUAUAUCGUUAAAAUGAUGGCCUUAUUGCUUUUCGAAUGAAAUCUUGAAUCGAAUAUGUUUCCAUACAACGACCCCCUUCGUCAAAUUUGUCAAUGCUCAUUGUUACUUAUGGGAGAAAUCGUCAAAACUUACUACUUUAAUUUGUGAACGCUGAGUCUUACCCGGAUGAUCACAGUCCAGGAUCACCACAUCAAAGUUUCCGAACCAUAUGUGCCACAAGACUUGCAUUAGUUCCUAACCCAGCCAUCUCAUUAACCCCAUUAUUAUGCAGGUAUUUCCUCCCAAAGUGUGAAACAUUCAGUUGUAAAGCGUCCAAAUUCAGAAUCAUCGUCAUGCAGCCCUGUUGCAGCUCCUAGGAAGAGGAUACGCCAAUCUGCAGGUGGUACCGAGAUUGAAAUGCGCGAUGGAUUUUCCUUUUUAAUUUUAUUUUUUUCAAGUCUGCAUGUUGUUACGCGUUUAUUUAUGGUAAAAUUUGUUUAUGCAGAAAGACUGGCAUUAUAUUUAUUAGAAAUCCUCUUUACCCACUUAUAUAAGAGAAUAAAAAAUAAUGAAUUAAAACUGAGUGGGCUCAAUCCAACACCCGUGUAUCUUGAACAACUAUAACCUACUCUAGCAUUAACGGCUGGAGACUAUAGCUAGGAGACGUCAAUGACCUCUAUUUUCAAGAUGCUUGUUGGGCCAUACGCAAAAUAAGAGGUCAUAAAUAGAUAAUGAGUCUGGAAAACUUUCUAAGCGUUUUUUUUUUUUUUUUUGGUUUAUGUAUGGGUUGGGAAAAUGGUUCCCUGCCGCUGCAAAUGUCCCCUCGCUCAAGCUUGACAAUCUCUAGGGCAGACGAUUCGGUAUUGAAUGAUACCAAAAAAUGAGAAUUCGCCUUUCGCCACAACUGUUCGCUAUUCGCCAAAGCCUUGAAGCACCCCUUUUUUAAUUUUUAAUUUUAUUCUCCCUCCGUUGUUAUCCUCAGAUAUCUAUGUGGUUAAAGAUGGUAAACCAUCAUAUGAGAAGUUGCAAUAUCUUGCCAGGGAACUUGCAGGAAAAUGGAAGACAUUAAGUAGACGCCUGGGAUUCAAUGAAGCUGUAAUAGAUGACCUUGAUCAAGCCAAUGAGGAGCUGGCAGAGAAGGCUUAUAAAAUGUUAAUAGCUUGGAAACAAAAAGUAGGCUCCGAAGCCACUUACAAAGUUUUGUACGAUAACUUGUGUCACGAAUUGGUGGAAUGUAAAGAUCUAGCAGAGCAGUAUUGUUGCGAUAAGACUGCAGGAAAUGCCUCUCCUUAGUCAUAUAUACUAUAGAGACUGAGUCGUUUCUUUAUUACGUCAAAUAUCUUUGUGAGUACUCUAAAGAGCGUCUGUGUCGAGCAUUCGCGCUCAGUAAGUCGUUCGUUUUCCUUGCGAUUCAAGAUAGGGGAAAGAUUAUCUCUAAAAAAAACAUAUUUACUCGUAUUUUUGCACUCAAGAGUCGCUAGCUAAAGAAUACUAAGGUCAGAAUUCACUCAGACGUCCAGAACAACGAAGAGUCAAAUAACGUAUGCGCAUGCGCUACGCUUUGGCGCGGAAAACGAGUUUUGAGUCGUUUGCACGUUCGAUGUGCUAUGCUAUAGAUUCUAGCCGUUUUUUCCUUGCUGCUUUUUUUUACAGAAUAACUUACAGAAUAACUUAAAAAAACUUUUUACACCCCCUAGAUAUUUUCAAGAUUUAAUUUUCUUCUUAAAAACACUGGAAAUAGCAAAAAAUGCCUUCAACGACAACAAAAUGCCUUGGUUUUAAAUGCCAGCUCUAUUUUUCGCCGCAAAUUUCGAGCGCUUGAGCCCGUGUUAUUGACCGUAUAACUGAUGUAGCAUUUCGUUAUUUAGCUCUGUCGUCCAUAUAACUGUGACGUAGAAUUUUUUGUUUAGCUCUAUCGUCCAGAGCAAGUGAAGUACAUUACUACCCUCAAGCAUCUCAUCUCAUACUUCACAGCUUGACAUUAGAAUGCAUUUUUCUCCUUACUAUUCUCUGUGCAUUUCCAAAGGAACAGACAAAGAGAAUUGGUUUAACAGUUAAGAGCUUCUUAAGUUAGAGAUCAGUUACUAUAUUUUCGU